ACUUGAACAGUAUUUAGGUUAGUGUCUAUCUUUCUGAGAGUUUUAGAAUGCUUAAUCUUUACAAGUGCUUGCCUCAAACCAACUAAAUAGAACUCUUUAACAAUAAAACCCUCAGAUAUAUAUAGACACACAAACACACAAAGUCCUUACAGUUACUAAUUUUUGUGGAAAAGAUUUUUAAGAUUUGUGUUUAUCCCUGGAAUGAAUCUUUAGGAGGCUCUGCCAGAUUUUGGGUACAAUCUGUAUUAUAGAAAGGCCUCUUUCUCUUUUUUCCCCCCUUAGUCUCAGGCAAUUGUGGGUGUGUUUAUAUUUCGAAGACAUGAUAAUAUGUAUAACUUCAGGGGGCAGACAAAGAAUGCAAGUUCCUCCAGGAAGGAUUUGGGUUUCCUAAGACCGGUAUCUCACAAGCCCUUUGAGAUACACAGGGAAAGUUUUGGGGUUGGCAAAAGAAUAGGUGAACUUUGAAUUGCCUCUUGAACUGACUUUUUUAUGGUUUCUGUCAAGGCAAUUCAGACAGAGGAUAACUUAGACUGAGUAUUCAAAUAAAGGAGGAUAGUGGAAAGCAAUAAGAAUUAUAUCAGUCUUAUAGUCUUUUGUAUUGGAUAUGUCAUUUCUUUUUUCACCAGCUUUUUGUAGUGACACUUUCAAAGAAACUAUUUUUGGAAUUUUGAAGGUUUUGCUUUUAAGUGCACUUCUUAUGUGAUCUUAUCUGAUUAGAAUGUUCCUCAUAAAGGCCACUGUAAUUCUAUGUUGUAAUUCCCUUGAGGACUGGCAGCAGUUUGGUACAAUCCUAGCCAUAAAUGGAUUUUAACUCACAUUUCUGUCCAACCAUAUCUAGUCACAAAUAGGGAGUGGCUCACAUUGUUGUCUGGCCUUACUUUGUGGCUACCAACCUGAAAGUUACCAAGCCAAGUUGUUAGGGACACAAAACAGGCUUGUAAAUGCUUACAGCUUGCAGAAUCAUAGUUCUUAGAUAUGAAAUAAACAAUGUGCGGGAGGUUAGAGCACUUAACUGGAUUUUUAAAAAUCCCAUUUAUUUAGUUUUUUGUUUAUUUAUGUAGUCAUUUAUUUACUAUUUUUUCUUUAAACUGAGGCUUUAUCUCAUGUACAUAUUAACAGAAACCAACAAUACUGAAGUAGUGGAACUAUAAACAACAGCAGUAUCCUAAUAAUUUGGGACUGGGACAAGGAUUGAAGCAGCAGACCUCUAAGAAUGGGGACUGCAGCCUGAUUCAGCACACAUGGAGAACUAUAGCUGCCACCAACAGUUCCCUACUUGGAAUCUGAGUUCAGAACCAAGGGCUAAGUUUAGAAGUUACUGUGAGCUGUUCGAUAAAGUGUCUUCUACACUUCACCACCGAUGUCCAUCAUGGACUAAACCAGCAGGUUCCAUUAAUGAAGACUGCAGACAGAAAGUGGGGAACAGACUAAGCCACCAAAGAGCAGUAAAUACGGACUGUAGACUGGAAUUGGGGAAGGGAUUCCAAUGUGGACUUGUGGAUUGAACCAAGGGCUAAGGACUGGUGCUCUUUCAGUCUUCAGUGUCAGUGACAGAGUGAUCCAUUAACCUGGACUUGAAAGGCAAUUCAAUCAGGAAUUCUAAUGCAAAAAAGAAUAGAGCUCAAAGCAAGAUGGACUUACCAAUGGCCCUUGGAAAUGUUGAGAAAGACCAUGAACUCAAAAGGAUUCAUGGGGUGCCACACCUGUGUUUCUUUUUGUCCCCAAAUACAGUCAGAAGUUUGCUUCAGAUCUAGACACUGCCACCAAAUCUGUUAAAAAACAAAAUUCAACCAAGUGUAUUCUAAAGACCUAAUUGGAUUUAUUAAAUGGUUUAUGAAUCAGAGAGUAUCCCACCUAGCAAAUAGAAAGAAGUUCCAUCGAGGUACUGAAAGGAAAUGUUUUUAAGUGCAGAGAGAAAGCAGAUAAGAAUCCAUUGUUUUAACCAAGUUUGCCCUCCUAAGGGGAGAGAAUGGGAUCUGUCAGUAUAGUUUUUAGUGGUCACCAGGAAAUAGCCAAGUUGACUACUGAAAGAUUACAUCCCUGGGGGUUGAAACUGCUGUUAGGUAUUAGCCUCGGUUUACUGACUUGGGGCAUAAACUUAAGUGGCUACAUUAUGACCUUGUGGCUUUCUUUUGAACACAUUGCUCCAUAGAACUAUGAGUCAUGUUGUUGAGAGGAUAAGAAAUGUACGUAGAGAUGCACAUCUAAGAUUUAUUGGCGUGGAUUUCUCACAUUCUCUCCCAUUUCUACCCCGGCUGCAGAGGACACACUGCCGGAGGCUGGAAUACAGCUCCCAAGGAUACCAUAAAGUGCUCUGCCCCUGCUCCUCCCACAUUGUUGUUGCAGCAGAAAAUAAUAAAUAACAGAACGUCAUAUACAACAUCAAGUGAGUGCCUUCUACUGCUACAGCCAUGUGUCAGUCCUCCUAUUCCAUACCCUCUCAUGGAAACGGUGGUGAUUUGGCCUCCAGCUUUGAUAAGUUUUUUAAGAACUACAACCAGGAAUGCAAAAUCAUCUCUCAGGAAGCCAUCAAGUCAAUUCAAUCAAGACUGAAGGAGGGAGACAUUCAGAGUGCAGUUUCUACAAUCAGUGAUAUAUUGAGAGACAUCAAUAAUGCCCCACUGAGCAUUGCUGUGACUGGGGAGUCUGGGGCAGGGAAGUCCAGCUUCAUCAAUGCCCUGCGGGGCAUGGGACACGAGGAAGAAGGGGCUGCCCCUACUGGGCCAGUAGAGACAACCUUUGAGAGAAACAAAUAUAAACACCCAAAGUUUCCCAAUGUGACAUUAUGGGACCUGCCUGGCAUAGGGACCACUAACUUGCAGCCUCAUGAGUAUCUGGAGAAAAUGAAAUUUGGUGAGUAUGACUUCUUUAUUAUCAUCUCUGCUACACGCUUCAAACUCAAUGAUGCACAACUGGCUACAGCAAUUGGAAAAAUGAAGAAGAAUUUCUACUUUGUUCGAACUAAAAUAGACAGUGAUUUAUAUAAUCUAAAAAGGAGUCAACCCAACAAAUUCAAUGAACAUGAAAUCCUGCAAAGGAUCCGCAAUGACUGUGUGACUCAACUUCAGAAGGCCAAUGUGAGUGAUGCUCAGAUCUUCUUAGUUUCCAGCUUUGAGUUGUCUCGCUAUGAUUUCCAAAGCCUGGAGACCACCCUUCUGAGGGACCUCCCAGCCCACAAGCGCCACAUCUUCAUGCAACACCUGCCGAAUAUUACUGAGGCCAUCAUUGACUGGAAGAGGGAUUCCCUGAAACAGAAGGUCUGGCUGGAGGCCAUGAAGGCUGGAGCAUUGGCCACUGUCCCUUUGAUGGGUUACAUCAGUGAUAAAGAUGUAGAGACUUUAAAGGACACUUUAACACUCUACAGGGUUUACUUUGGGCUGGAUGAUGCAUCCCUGAAAACCAUGGCCAAGGACUUUCACGUGUCAUUGGAGAAACUCAAGGCAAACCUUAUGUCUCCCCAUUUGCUAUCAAUUGAGAAGGAUGAUGGGUCCUUAGGGGAAAAACUGUUAAGAUAUGUGGAAAAAUUCUGCUCUGUUAUUGGAGGACCCAUUGCUGCUGGUCUUUAUUUUAGGAAGAUUUACUAUGUGCAAAAUUAUUUCCUUGAGACUGUGGCAAGUGAUGCGAAAGUUCUUCUUAAAAAUGAAGAGAUUUUUAAGGACUCUGAAGAACCUGGGCAAGCUUAUCUACCUCAGGAUGUUGGGAAUAAAAAUGGGAAAAGUGAGGCAGCCAGCUCCUGAAUUAUUCUCAGUGUUGGCAUGGCACUGGUGCCUGGAAAGAUAACUUAGAGUUUCCUUUAAGCAUUCUGACCCACUGCCCUCAAGGGUAUCACAGAUAUUUCCAUAAUACACUCUUGAAAAAACUAUGAACUUAGUGACUAUUAUUUGACAGUGAGAGCAAUGAGCUCUAAAGAAUCCUUCCUUCAUAUGAUCCUUCAUAUGAUUCUUUUGGAAAAUAUGAAGGACAGUAGUCUGGAAUUUUCUGCUUAGCGGAGAGAAUAACUCUGUGUGAUGGUUACUUCAUGCACAGCACUGGUCUUUCUACUGACAUACUAGUUAAAAAUGGCUAUGCUCAUAGUGGGUUCUGAAAAAUGAAUUUUUAUAAAUGCGUACAUAGUGUAUCUUUGGUGUUCCUGACAUUCUGUUAUGAAUCCAUAAAUUCUUUUCCUUAAAGUU